AUGACAAAUAUUUUACUUGACGAGGGAGCACAGAACUCAUUCAUAACUGAAGAUUUAGCUAGAAAAUUAGAAAUUGAGUCCACCGAAAAGAUUUCACUGAAAAUAUCUGGAUUUGGAGGAAACGAAGGACAAGUUCGUCAUCUUGAUAAAGCAAACAUAGCUAUUGAAACAGUUGACAAUCAAAGAAUAGAAAUUGAAGUAAUAAUUGUACCAAAAAUUGCCGCUCCUAUUCAGACAAAAUCACAAAAGGAAAUCAAAGCACUGCCAUACUUACUUGGUUUACGACUCGCACAUCCGAUAUGCGCGGAAGACAAGUUUAACAUAUCUUUAUUGAUUGGCGCAGACUAUUACUGGUCAAUAGUUGAAAACGAGAUAAUAAGAGGAAAUGGACCGACCGCAGUAAAGUCGAGAAUAGGUUAUCUCUUGUCGGGACCCGUACUUACUAAAAACGGAAGUAGUUCAAAACAAUCAGCAAUGUUGAAUAUUUUGACUGACCACAGAGCCGUUGUUUGCGACUUAGAACAGUUUUGGAACUUAGAAUCGUUGGGGGUUUCAGGAAGCGAUAAUAUUAAAAGUCAGUCUGAAGUUGUAAGAGAAUACGGAGAAAAGUCUAUAAUACUAGAAAAUGGAAAGUACACAGCUAAGUUACCAUGGAAACCAGAUUUCCUUCCGCUGCCGCAUAACAUGGAAUUGGUUAAACAGAGAACAGGUAGCGUUAUUAGACGUUUAGCAAACAAACCUGAUUUAUUAAAAAUGUAUGGAGAUAUCAUAAGGGAGCAGGAGAGGAGACACUUUAUUGAAAAGGUUGAGGAAACAAAACUUCCUACCGAUCGACCCGUGCACUAUAUCCCGCAUCAUCCUGUUUCCAAGGAAUCAUCUACUACGCCAAUACGCAUUGUUUAUGAUUGUAGCUGCAAAGAUGGAAGAGAUAACCCAAGUCUAAAUGAAUGCUUAGAAUCACACCCACCUGUUUUGAAUGAUAUUACGGGAAUACUUAUGAGAUUUCGCGCUAAGAAAUAUGCUACAACAUCAGAUUUAGAAAAGGCAUUUCUACAAAUACAGCUCGACGAGAAAGACCGAGAUGCAACGAGGUUCUUAUGGCUUAGCGAUCCUACAAACACAUCAAGUCCGCUAAUAACAUAUCGCUUCAAGUCCGUACUCUUCGGAGCUACAUGUUCGCCAUUCAUUUUGAGCGCCACACUUCUAAAGCACUUUAAGGAAAAUCCGGGGAAACUUUCAGAUACACUUUAA